AUGGUGGCCGACGCGUUGAGUCGUAGGGUUAAGUUGGACUUGAUGGCUAUGCUCACCCGUUUAACCUUGUUGGAUGAUGGUAGCUUGUUGGAUGAGCUUCAAGUAAAACUAGUACAAGUAAAAAAUGGGGAGACGUCAAACUUUGGGAUAAAUAGUGAUGGAGUGUUGUGUUUCCGUGAGAGAAUGUGUAUACCGAAGGAUGAGGAUCUAAGGCAGGCUAUUCUACGGGAAGCACAUAGCAAUCUCUAUGCUAUGCAUCUUGGUGGAAACAAGAUGUAUCAGAAUUUGCAUGAGCUUUAUUGGUGGCCUGGAAUUAAGUGCGAGGUUAUGGAGUUCGUAAGUAAAUGCUUGGUUUGUCAAAAGGUCAAGGUGUAA